UUAGAGAAGACCCGCAAGAAGAUUGCCAAGAAGAAGGGCAAUAUCACCGCUCUCCAUGAGAACUCCAGAGACUCUCAGAAACUCCGACGGGCGCAAAACAGAGACGACAAGUUACAGAAGGUGGCAUCUGCAAGAAAGAAACACGACAGACCACUAAUGGAAAGAGCCGCAUUCUUCCAAGAAGCUAUUCGAGCGAACGACGGAAAGCCAUUAGACCUCGACACCAUUCAGUCUCUAAUCAAAACUUUUAUACACCAGCAUGAUGAGGAAUUCAGUCAAUUGAAGAAGGAUCGUCGCCCAGGAAGACCCGCCAGCACAAGAGAGGACUUGCUGAGAAUCAAAAUUGCCGCUGAUAUGAAGGAAUACGAGGAUGGCUUUUAUCUGCCCGAGCUUUCGGACGAAACCAAUGCGGUAUUGCUCAAUCGUUGGGAGGGGUCAUGGUCCUAUCUUGCCACUAUAAAAUGGGUUCGAAUGACCAGCAAAGGAGAAGCACGGGAAGCGAAGUUCCCUCCAAAAGGAGAGUCAUGA